UUUCACUUCAACGUGGGGCGGCUGUAUCCGGAUCGCCAAGAGCCAUUUUCGGACCGGUGGCAAGAUGGCCAAGAAAGCAAACAAGGGCAAGAAGGCUGGCGUGGCGACCGCGCCGUCGUCGCCCGUCAAGAAGGCAGCGCCCAAGUGCUCGAGCUACCCGUCGACGCCGGUCUCGACGUCCAAGACGUCGGCCUCUUCACCCUUGGCCUCGGACAUUCCCGACGAGGUGCACCCGGUCGACGACUUGAGCAUGGAGACAGUCGCGCCCAAGAUUGAGCGCCGACUCUCGGCGCGCCCAGGCGCCGCGGACUUGGAUCAGCAGAAUAUCAUCCAUACGCUGAGCAUGGCGCCGCAGCUCCAAGCGUCGGCCAAGUUGCUCGAGCGCAAUCUAAGUGCCAACUCGGUCAGCCACUUGCUCGAGAAGCGUCGGUCACUCCACGAGCUUGCGGAUCAAGGCCUUGUCACGAACAGCUCCAAGGUGGCGCCGACGCUUCAGGCCAAGAGUGAUCAGCUCAAGCGGCAGCUCACGGCCGACAAGCUGCACAAGCAAAUCAACCGCCGGCCGUCCCAGAAGGAGCUCACGGAACAAGGCGUGCUAGACGACGGUCAAGUGGCUCCAAGCUUGCUUGCGACCGCCAAGAAGCUCGAGCGCGCGAUGAUCGAGAACCAAGUCGGCCACCUCCUCGAGACCCGUCCGGGUAUGCAGGACAUGUUGUCUCAAAACAUUUGCUCGGAGCCGCCGCAGGUCGCGAAUGCCAUCCAAGGCGUCAUGCACUCCCUCGAACGCAACCUCAAGGCGGACCAGCUCUCGCGCAAGCUGCGCACGCGUCGGUCGUUUGAAGACCUCUCGGCCGGACAAGCGACCAAGCCGCGCAGCUCGUCGGUGCAAGAGAAUGCUGCCCGUCGGUCGCGCUACACGCUUGCGCUCAAAGCUGCGUCUCGCAUCGCUGCGGACAAGCUCAUUUCGCCAGCAGAAAAAGGCUGUCUGAAGGACUGCAUCCUCGCGGACGACCCGCGCGUCCUCAAGGCCAUGACCGCGUACGAGGCCGACAAGGACGUUGAAGAGAUGCUCGACUCGCUGUACCGUAUUGCCAAAAAAGUGGCUCUUUGAGCACUUCGCCACAUAUAGCACAUGAAGCGAUGGCUGUGUGCACUCCUCCUUGCUCGCUCUUGUACAAGUUGGUGCUCCAAUGUGGCAGAAGAGGUCGAAGGCGUCGGCGUGCAGUGGUCGAGGACGCAGUAGUAGGUAGUGUGUUGGUAUUCUUAUCGAAAGCAUGGCAGCGACUCCAUGUAUUGGCGCACGC